UGCUCAGUUGUUUUGUUCUGCACUCUCUCACUCUUGCUUCCGGGUUUUCUCUCGCCAAUGGACGCUCUCGAAAGACUGAAGAAUGAGAAUAUCGAUCUCGAGCGAAUUCCUUUGGACCAAGUCUUCGAACAAUUGACCUGUUCGAAGGAGGGCCUCACGAAUGAGGAAGGCCGAAAGAGGCUGGAACUUUUUGGACCCAAUAAGUUAGAAGAAAAGAAGGAAAGUAAGUUGUUGAAAUUCUUGGGAUUUAUGUGGAAUCCUCUGUCAUGGGUCAUGGAAGCUGCUGCUAUCAUGGCAAUUGCACUGGCAAAUGGAGGGGGAAAACCCCCAGAUUGGCAGGAUUUUAUAGGAAUACUGGCACUGCUUGUAAUCAACUCUACCAUUAGUUUUAUUGAAGAGAAUAAUGCAGGCAAUGCAGCUGCAGCACUUAUGGCAGGUCUUGCUCCCAAAACUAAGGUCCUAAGAGAUGGGAAGUGGAGUGAGGAAGAGGCUGCUAUAUUGGUACCCGGAGACAUCAUCAGCAUCAAGUUAGGAGACAUAGUGCCUGCUGAUGCGCGUCUCUUAGACGGAGAUCCUCUCAAGAUUGAUCAAUCUGCGUUGACUGGUGAAUCAUUGCCUGUUUCAAAAAAUCCAGGUGAUGAAGUCUUCUCCGGUUCUACUGUUAAGCAAGGAGAGCUUGAGGCUGUUGUAAUUGCUACUGGAGUACAUACCUUUUUUGGUAAAGCUGCUCACUUGGUAGACAGCACCAACCAAGAAGGUCACUUUCAAAAGGUGUUGACAUCCAUUGGUAACUUUUGCAUCUGUUCAAUAGCGGUUGGUAUGGUUAUAGAAAUUAUUGCUAUGUAUCCAAUUCAGCACCGACCCUACAGGAAUGGAAUUGACAAUCUAUUGGUCCUUCUCAUUGGAGGCAUUCCGAUUGCCAUGCCAACUGUCUUGUCAGUAACUAUGGCUAUUGGUUCUCAUAGACUCUCCCAGCAAGGUGCCAUUACUAAGAGAAUGACAGCCAUUGAGGAAAUGGCUGGAAUGGAUGUUUUAUGCAGUGACAAGACUGGCACUUUAACUCUGAACAAACUCACUGUAGACAAGAGUUUGAUUGAGGUUUUCGGAAAAAAUGCUGAUAAGGAUACUGUAAUUUUACUUGGAGCUCGAGCUUCUAGGGUGGAGAAUCAAGAUGCUAUUGAUGCUUGCAUUGUUGGAAUGUUGGGUGACCCAAGAGAGGCAAGAGAUGGUAUCAAAGAGGUCCAUUUCUUACCCUUCAAUCCAGUAGACAAGCGCACCGCCAUAACAUAUAUCGAUGACAACGGAAAUUGGCAUCGAGCAAGCAAAGGCGCACCGGAGCAGAUUGUAGAGCUCUGUCGUCUUCGGGAAGAUGUGAAGAAAAGAGUUCAUGCCAUUAUCGGAAAAUUUGCUGACAGAGGUCUCCGUUCCCUUGCUGUUGCCAGACAAGAAGUUCCAGAGAAAACCAAGGAGAGUAGUGGAGGAGCGUGGGAAUUUGUGGGUCUCUUGCCUUUGUUUGACCCACCUAGACACGAUAGUGCAGAGACAAUUAAACGUGCUCUUCAUCUUGGCGUGAACGUCAAGAUGAUUACCGGCGAUCAAUUAGCUAUCGGGAAGGAGACUGCUCGGAGACUUGGCAUGGGAAGUAACAUGUACCCGUCUUCCUCCCUUCUUGGCGAUCACAAGGAUGAAUCUGUUGCUGCAAUUCCCGUCGAAGAGCUUAUUGAACAGGCCGAUGGAUUUGCUGGUGUUUUUCCUGAGCACAAAUACGAGAUUGUGAAAAUACUUCAAGAGAGAAAACACAUAUGUGGAAUGACAGGAGACGGUGUUAAUGAUGCUCCUGCCCUCAAAAAGGCAGAUAUUGGAAUUGCAGUAGCUGAUGCAACGGAUGCAGCUAGAGGUGCAUCCGACAUAGUACUAACAGAGCCUGGCCUCAGUGUGAUUGUGAGUGCAGUUUUGACCAGUAGAUCCAUUUUUCAGAGAAUGAAGAACUACACCAUUUACGCAGUUUCCAUCACAAUAAGGAUUGUGUUGGGCUUUUUACUGAUUGCACUUAUAUGGAAAUUUGAUUUCUCACCUUUCAUGGUUUUAAUUAUUGCAAUACUAAAUGACGGAACAAUCAUGACCAUCUCGAAGGACAGAGUAAAGCCAUCCCCUCUGCCUGAUUCAUGGAAGUUGAAAGAGAUUUUUGCCACAGGCGUAGUUCUUGGUACUUACCUCGCUAUCAUGACGGUUGUCUUCUUCUGGGCUGCUCACUCUUCUGAUUUCUUCACCGAAAAAUUUGGUGUUAGAUCUAUCAGAUCUAACCCGGAUGAGCUUACCGCGGCUGUUUACCUUCAAGUAAGUAUUGUAAGUCAGGCUCUUAUAUUUGUAACUCGAUCAAGGAGUUGGUCUUACUGUGAGCGCCCUGGCGUUUUGCUUAUCACCGCAUUUAUAGUGGCACAAAUGAUUGCCACAGUUAUAGCCGUUUAUGCAAAUUGGGAAUUUGCAAGGAUGAAAGGGAUUGGAUGGGGCUGGGCUGGUGUCAUCUGGAUCUAUAGUAUCAUCUUCUACAUCCCAUUGGAUAUUUUGAAAUUCGUAAUAAAAUAUUACUUGAGUGGCAAGGCAUGGAAUAAUAUCACCGAAAAUAGGACUGCAUUCACAUCAAAGAAGGAUUACGGAAAGGAAGAACGAGAAGCACAAUGGGCUAUUGCUCAACGCACAUUACAUGGGUUGAAUCCUCCUGAAAACGAACGCACUUUUUCAGAAAGAAAUAACUACCGUGAAUUAUCUGAAAUUGCAGAACAGGCAAGAAAACGAGCUGAAGUUGCAAGAUUGCGGGAACUUCACACAUUGAAGGGACACGUGGAGUCGGUUGUGAAAUUGAAAGGACUCGACAUUGAUACAAUUCAACAGCACUACACUGUCUGAGUGUGUGAAAGACUAGUUUUUUGUUAUUUGUUUUCUCGUUAAUUCUCUUAAAUUUAGUUUCAUUCCAGAGGUUCGACAAAAGAAUCAAACUAUGGGUAGAUCUUGUUCUUAAUGUCAUUUUAAACCAUGUUCGAAUCAUUAGUCAUAAUUUUUUAACCAUUUUAGUG